AUGGCCGCUCAAACUGAGCCUCGUUCUGCUGUUAAAGCUCGUGUGGAGGUGGAUAUAAGGAUUGUCAGUCUGGUAGAAAGUUUGGCCUUCCAGAGAUCCUCCUACAACUUCAGCCUGCAGGAGAACCAGCCAGCAGAGGUUUCAGUGGGGCAGGUCCUGGCCUACUCAGGAAGCACCCUGUACGGGGUCUCCUAUGCCCUGAAAACACACACCGACCUGUUCUCCAUCACCAGCGAUGGAGAAAUCUUGACGGAAGAAGAGCUUGACAAAGAGCAGCAGGAGUGGUACAUCCUGGAGGUAGAAGCCGUGGACACACGGACGCCACCAACAUCUGCAGUGACGCUGGUCAGAAUUCAUGUCGAGGAUGUAAAUGAGCCUCCAGAGUUCGCCUCAGAGGAAUAUGAAGCCUCUGUGUUCAACUUUGCGCCGUACAAAACCCCAGUGAUUCAGGUCAAGAUUGAAGUUCAGAAAAGUGCGAGCAGCAGUGAUGUUGUAACCAUCGCUAUCAAUCGGCCGGCUAACGUCGUGGAGAAGAAGGUUCCAGAGCUUGAAAAAUCUUUGGGUAAAGUUCUGGGCUGGACGGUGAAUAUAAUCCAGGUGUGGAGCUCUGAUGGAUCAGACACUCGAACGCUGAGGGCUUCUUACCGGACGUUGGUCAGCUUUGUUGCUCUUGAUGACACAGAAGCCGUUUCUGCUGAAGAAGUCCAGAAGAAACUGCAAAGCGAGUCUGAUGAGCUGAAGGCAGAGCUGGAUCUGUUGUUUGGAGAGAAGCCUGAUUUUGACGUGGUGACAGAUUCUACCACCCCCGCCUCAAACAUGGCGGUCGUCAUCGCUUUGGGCGUUCUGUUGGGCCUGAGCCUCGUGGGACUGAUCAUUGCCACCGUGUUUGCCGUCAGGUAUAAAAGGAGCAAGAAGCUGAAGGCAUUGGACAAGGAGAGCUUGACCAGCAACCGCCACUCCGUUGGUUACGCGAACCAGAAUUUCAGGAAGCAAUCUGAAUCCUCUGUGAGGUGGGACUCCGAUAAGAACAAACCAGGAGACAAAGAGACGGUGCAGUGGGGCGGAAAGGUUGAGGACAGGAGGACAUCAAAGAAGGACAAUGACAGUCUGAAUCUAAGCGAGCGCAGAAACAGCGGGAGUAGUGGAAGUCUGGAUUCUGCUCUCUGAUGUGAACAUCUGUCCGUUUUCAAGCAAAAAAACCCCACAGUUAUAACGUUAUAAAUGACCUCUGUGACUUUAACCUUUUUUAUCUCCAAACACAGCAGAACUGUAUGUUAGGAAGCAUUUAAGUUUGUCUCUGGUUUAAUUGAAGAAAGGACAGAUUUCCCAACAUGGAUCCUAGUUUAGUCUUUUAUAUAAGGGCUUUUUUUUUU